AUGACAUCCAAGAAUUUCACUCAUCUUAUCAUCGUCUGCUGCCAUGGUAUUUGGCUCGGCGGUCCAGCCCAUGGCUAUGACGAAAAUGAAUGGCUUAUCGCCGACUUUCAACGCGGCGAAACUCCAACUUUUGUCGAGCAUAUUAAAGCUGGAGUAGCAGCCCUUGCCGAAGAUCAUGGCAACGUUGCAUCCGACAAACAACCAGAUGAUGAUAAAAUAGGGUUUUCGAGGUCUUGUCAAUUUGACACACGGUCAACAAGCUUUUCCAAAUCAUGGCUGGUAUUCUCAGGAGCUGCAACACGCAAAGAAUCGCAGGUUUCAGAGGCGGCUGGGUAUAAGAAUAUUGCUGCCGCAAACGAUUACUGGGGACUAUUGCCAGACGAAAAAGCUCGAGAUGCUGUAUUGUUGGAAGAGCGUGCUCUCGACUCAUACCACAACAUCCUCUUUUCUCGGUCACUAAUCUAUUCUCGUUUCAAGACAUGGCCAACUCACAUCACCGUCGUCAGUCACGGCUUUAAGAAAGAGCGGCUUAUCGACGGCCACUGCUCGGCUAUAGAGCUCAACCUUGAUCGAGUUAACUUCAUCGGCAUAGAUCCACCUGGGAUGGUAGCUGCGUCAAAGGAUCAGGACAAGGAAGACGCUAUGAAAGGCGUUGGUCUGGCUUUGGGAGAAUGGAAGGAUGAUCCGCAUGGUACUGGGGAGGUUCUUGCUGAGAAGAGAGCCAAAAGAAAUCCUUGGGGCGUAUGGCAGGGUCAUUUUCCCCAAGAUUUUGAUCAGUGA